UUUCUGGUAUUUCGUCGUCCAUGAUUGAACUAGCUAGCUGAGGCCACCAACAGGAGCAGACCAAUAUUCUCGGGAAGUGUGACGACAACUAGCUACCAAGUUUGGAAAGAUUACUCCAAGACCUGUGCGAGUGGACGAACAAUGGGAAUGGCUUGGGGCUGCAGGUUUUGCCAAUCAGCUGCUGGAGCGUUUCUGCACGCCUUGUUGGUUCUUCUCUACGCAUCGCUGCAGCCGGAGCCAGUCGAUGCUGCAUGUGCCUCCUCUGCCCCUCUGUACUACACAGGAAACAAUUUCGCCAUCAAACAGAUGAGAGUUCGACUAAUUGAUAAUUCAGACCUUGAGGAAUGCUCCUUCCAAGUCUGGGGCGUGGCAACGGUCCUAGUGGGCGGGGCCAACUCGGGGAACCAGUUUUACUGGUUAGACUGCUUCCACAGUAGCCUCGAGACUACGUGGCUACGCGUGGAUCCUGGAGGGUCUGUAGACAAUACGGACGUGUCUGGAGGAACCAGGAUCAGCUUUACCGCAACGAGCAGUAACCAUCUGGGUCUGUAUGCCUGCAUGGCUUCUGGCGGAGCAAUGGAGUAUCUCAAUAUUACUGAUGAGGUGCCAGGGUUAAUACCAGUGGAAAGUAGCGUUGAAGCAUUCUCUGGGGACACUGUAACCCUCUCCACAUACAUCUCCACUACCAACGGCCUACUGACUUAUGUCCAAUGGAAAGACCCGAGUGGAGACACAGUGUUGGAAUACCCUGCGCCGGGGGAGGAGGUGAAUGCGCUACCGAGCGAUCUGGUUAUCAGUGACGCAUCUCUGGAGGAAUCCGGGACUUAUAACGUGACAGUCCAGUCACGGGAGGGACUCAAUUUCAGAGGACACACCCUCAUCUUUCUCAGUGUCCUUGUUCCAUCCAACAUCACCGGUCCACCUCCAUCAGAACUGACAGUAGACGAAUGGGAGGAGACCCGGCUUGUCUGCGAGGCGCGUGGCUCUCCUCCACUCACCAUCACCUGGUCCAGAGAGGGCAGCAUGCUGCCUAUCGACUCUGGCAUUCAGACCAGCAGCCCGUACAGUAACGAGGAUGGCACGGUGACAGUGACGAGCACACUGACCAUCACUGGAUCCCGGUACAGAGACAGAGGGAGGUACAGCUGUUCGGCCUACAACACCCUGACAACCAUCAGUCACACUGACACCGCUGAAUCCACUCUCAACAUUAACCCCAUGAUCCGGAUAGAAAGCGAAGACCUCACCAGCAACGUGGUGUUGGCGUCGUUUGGAACCUCGCUAACAAUCCAGUGUUUCGGCUCCGGGAAUCUUGUCUGGACCACGCCCCCUAAUCAGACUGUCUUCACCUCGUACGACCCAUCCCGGAACCUUUUAACCCUUUCCAUCCCGAAUUUCAUCACUCCCGCCCGAUACACAUGUUCGUCUGAUCUUGUCGCGGGUCUGGAGAAAACCAUUCUCAUAAUUACCGAUGGUAUGGUGCUGGCGAAUGUGGCGGUGUUUUGUACAUGUCUCUGUAGCUAGUUGGAAAAUUCAGAAUAUUGUUUUUUCUAUGUGGUGUGUGCUCUAUGGGGUGUG